UCGCUUCUCCCAUCCGAAUUUGUAACAUGCCAUAUUUUUACCAAUGGGUAUAUCUGGAAAACCAAAUGUCAUCACGGAACAGGGCAAUUUUACGUUUUUGAAAAUGCCAGCGGUUUCUACAGCCGCACCUUUUAUUGGAGAUUUCUCGUCAUUGCGUUUUGCACGAAAAGCUUCAUCCUAGGACUGGAUUGGCGGCGAAUGGUCCCAGCUGUGCGGUUCGGUUAACUCGCAGAGACCGCAGUUGUCAUUGAUCGGUUGAAGGAGCCUACAUCUAGUCACGGAAUAAACCGGCGAGAUGAUGUGCGAGGUGAUGCCCACCAUCAGCGAGGACACGGCGCUGAACCAGCGGGGCUCCCAGAGCAGCGCCUCGGACCCAGAUUCUCACUUUGAGCAGCUGAUGGUCAACAUGCUGGAUGAGAGGGACCGGCUUUUGGACACACUGAGGGAGACCCAGGAGAGCCUGGGGCUAUCCCAGCAACACCUUGAGGACGUCAUCUACGACCGGGACUCGCUACAGCGCCAGCUCACCUCUGCCCUGCCACAGGAGUUUGCGGCCUUGACCAAGGAGCUGAACGCGUGCCGGGAGAACCUUCUGGAGAAGGAGGAGGAGAUCUCAGAGCUCAAGGCGGAGAGGAACAACACCAGGCUGCUUCUUGAGCAUCUGGAGUGCCUGGUGUCCAGACAUGAGCGGUCGCUACGCAUGACUGUGGUCAAGCGGCAGGCCCAGUCCCCCUCUGGCGUGUCCAGUGAAGUGGAGGUCCUCAAAGCGCUCAAGUCCCUGUUCGAGCACCACAAAGCUCUAGAUGAGAAGGUGAGAGAGAGACUGCGGGUGUCACUAGAGAGGGUUUCAGCAUUGGAGGAGGAGCUUGCUUCAGCCAACCAGGAGAUUGUGGCCUUAAGGGAGCAGAAUGCUCACAUCCAGAGGAAGGUGGCGUCGGGGGAUGGGUCAGAGGGCAUCCUGGAGGGUACUGACGCCAGCCAGAAGGCGCACAGCAAGCGUCUGUCCAAUGGCUCUAUGGAGUCGGCCCAUGAGGCCAGCCAGGUGGUGGAGCUCCAGGACCUUCUGGAGAAGCAGAACUAUGAGCUGGCCCAGAUGAAGGAGCGCAUGUCCUCCCUGUCCUCGCGUGUCUCUGAGGUGGAGCAGGAGCUAGACACCGCCCGCAAGGACCUCAUUAAGACGGAGGAGAUGAGCACCAAGUACCAGAGGGACAUCAAAGAGGUGAGAAGAGAGGCGAUGUGUCAGAAGGAGGACAUGGAAGAACGGAUUGUCACUCUGGAGAAGCGGUACCUCAGCGCCCAGCGGGAGUCCACCUCACUACAUGACAUCAGCGACAAACUGGAGAAUGAGCUAGCCAAUAAGGAAGCCUUCCUCAGACAGAUGGAGGAUAAGAACAGGCAGCUGCAGGAGCGUUUGGAACUAGCCGAGCAGAAGCUACAGCAGACCAUGAGGAAGGCUGAGACCUUGCCGGAAGUGGAGGCUGAACUGGCCCAGAGAAUAGCAGCACUCACCAAGUCUGACUCGAGCACCGCCUCGUCUCCUGAUGAUUGUCUGUUUGUUAUGGAAGCUAAACUCCAAGACAUGAACUCCAUUCUUAGGAAGGCGGAGGAGCGCCAUGGCAGCAUUGAGGAACGCAUGAGGCACUUGGAGGGCCAGUUGGAGGAGAAGAACCAGGAGCUGCUCAGAGCUCGACAGAGAGAAAAAAUGAACGAGGAACACAACAAGCGCCUGUCGGACACGGUGGACAGACUCCUCACAGAGUCCAACGAACGUCUACAGCUCCACCUGAAGGAGAGGAUGGCUGCUCUGGAGGAGAAGAAUGUUUUAAUACAAGACUCGGAAAGCUACAGAAAACAGUACGAGGAUUCAAUCCAUGAAAAAACUCAUCUGGCUGAUGAGAUAGACAAGCUGAGAUCAGAGCUGGACCAGUACCGCCUGAGAACAGGGUCCCUCACAGAACCCACUCUGUCACGGUACGGGUCUCACCUAGACACAUCAGGGGAGCUCCGCUACUCCCUGGGCUCCCUGGCUGAGACCCAGUCAGACCACUACCGGUCAGCCAAGGUCAUUCGCAGGCCCAGGAGAGGCCGCAUGGGGCUCCGCAGGGACGAGAGCAAGGCCAAGUCACUGGGGGAGCACGAGUGGCGCUCUCAGCAGCUAGGCCUCUUGGGUAGCCACCCGUUUGAAAGUGAGAUGUCGGACAUGUCGGACAUUGACGACGAUGACCGGGAGACCAUGUUCAGCUCCAUGGACCUGCUGUCCCCCGGCGGUCACUCGGACGCCCAGACCUUGGCCAUGAUGCUGCAGGAGCAGCUGGAUGCCAUCAACAAGGAGAUCCGUCUGAUCCAGGAGGAGAAGGAGUCCACUGAACUACGGGCGGAGGAGAUUGAGAACCGUGUAGCCAGCGUCAGCCUGGAAGGUCUCAACCUGGCUCGCAUGCACCACCCCGGAGCAUCCAUAACCGCCUCGGCCACUGCCUCCUCCCUGGCCUCCUCCUCCCCGCCCAGUGGUCACUCGACCCCCAAACUGGACCACCGCAGCACGACAGACAUGGAGCGUAUGGGCAUUAUGACCUUGCCCAGUGAUUUGAGGAAACAUAGAAGAAAGAUUGCAGCCACUGAUGACGACGGCCAGGACAAGGCUACUAUCAAGUGUGAGACGUCCCCUCCCCCGACACCCCGGACCGUACGCAUGACCCACACACUGCCAGCCUCCUCAAACAACGACGCCCGGGGAAUUGCUGCCAGUCUGGAAGCAGAAGCCAGUGCCCUGAGCAGUGUAGCCAGCAGUCAGGACUCCAUCAACAAGCAGCCCAAGAAGAAAGGCAUCAAAUCCUCCAUCGGACGCCUGUUUGGCAAGAAGGAGAAGACCAGGCUGGCACAGCUGCAUGCGCACAGGGAGGCCAUUGGGCAGAGCCAAGGUGUGUCUGAUUCCGACCUGGGCCAGGACAUGGCUGUGGGCAAGCUGGGGACUCAGGCUGAGAAGGACCGACGGCUGAAAAAGAAGAGCGGACAUGAGCUGUUGGAAGAGGCGAGGAAAAGGGGCUUACCUUUCGCCCAAUGGGAUGGGCCUACGGUGGUGGCCUGGCUGGAGCUGUGGCUGGGAAUGCCCGCGUGGUACGUGGCAGCGUGUCGUGCCAACGUCAAGAGUGGUGCCAUCAUGUCUGCCCUGUCGGACACAGAGAUCCAGAGGGAGAUCGGCAUCAGCAACCCCCUCCACCGCCUCAAACUACGACUGGCCAUCCAGGAGAUGGUCUCUCUCACCAGCCCCUCCGCCCCGCCAACCUCCAGAACCCCGUCAGGCAAUGUAUGGGUGACCCACGAGGAAAUGGAGACACUUGCUGCACCCUCCUCCAAAACGAGGACCGGGGAGUCUGAGGAGGGAAGCUGGGCACAGACUCUAGCCUAUGGUGACAUGAACCAUGAAUGGAUAGGGAAUGAGUGGCUGCCCAGUCUAGGACUACCUCAGUACCGCAGCUACUUCAUGGAGUGCCUGGUGGAUGCCCGCAUGCUGGACCACCUCACGAAGAAGGACCUCAGGGUGCAUCUCAAAAUGGUGGACAGCUUUCACAGGACAAGUUUGCAGUAUGGCAUUAUGGGACUCAAGAAGCUCAACUAUGACAGGAAAGAGCUGGAGAGACGCCGAGAGCAAAGCCAGCAUGAAAUGAGAGAUGUGCUGGUCUGGAGCAACGAGCGGGUGAUCCGCUGGGUUCAGAGCAUCGGCCUGAGGGACUACGCCAACACCCUGCUGGAGAGUGGUGUGCACGGGGCCCUGGUUGCCCUUGACGACAACUUCGACUACAGCAGCCUGGCGCUACUCCUCCAGAUUCCCAACCAAAGUACUCAGGCACGUCAGAUUCUGGAGAGGGAGUAUAAUAACCUGCUGGCACUGGGCACUGAGAGACGGCUGGAUGAGUAUGAAGAUAAGGACCUACGGGGCCCGUCGUGGAGGAGGCAGUUCCCCCCGCGGGAUGUCCAUGGGAUCAGUAUGAUGCCCGGCUCCGCAGAGACUCUCCCUGCUGGCUUCCGGGUCACCACGGGUUCACACUCCCGUAGACUGCCCCCCGAGGUGCUCUAUGAGGCGCUGGAUGACAGUCCUGACGACAUGUAUUUGGACUGGUUUCAAGUUGGCCCCUCAGCAGUGCAGCGUCUGGACAGCUCUACAGUGAGGACCUACUCCUGCUGAGGGAGCAGAGAGAGUGUAAGCUGUCCAGAUACUGUAUGUAGAUCAGGUCUUACUGUACCUUGGAGCUGCUAGACGGGUCAACCUGCCUGGAACAAUCUGACGUGACACACUGCCAAGAAGCCCUCCUACCCACCCACGAGUACGCAACCCAGCCACGCCUCCCAAAAGAGAGGGGGGGGGGGCAAGCGAGGGGUGCCUCCUACCAAGCUGCCCCCCUCUGCCCUUACAAGCCAAGGCAAGGUCCCCUGAAACCUGGGCACUUCCGGUUCCCCGCAGGCUGUCCUGUUGUCACCGUUUCUACCUUUUACAUGUCCAAUAACUUGUUAAAGCAUAACGUACUGUGUAUUUCUUCUACCAGAAGAUGUGUAGGUUAUCUGUAAAUUAUUAUAAAUAUGACGUUUUUAAUAUAUACACACAUCUAUAUUACAAAAAAAAGGAAAGAGAAAAGAUAUUCCACAGAGUUUGUGCAAAUAAAUCCCCCUGAUCUUAAAACAUUUCUUCCUAAUUCCCCGAGAGACCAUUUUGUACAUACUGUUAUUUUUCCAUUGUGCCGUCGAACGUGUGUUGCACCGUGGAGAGAGACUGUCUACUUGGUCUUCAACUGAGCCCCGUCCAGCUGUUUAAGCCUGCCCUCUAGUGGUGUGUACAGCUCCAUGUAUCUGCCUCACUAUCAAUCAUUUACAGCCCCCCCCCCCCCCCCCAUUUUCAUGAUCAAGACGGAUCCCGUCUCAUAGCAAAGCAUUCUGGGAGGACACAGGAAAGCACUGUGAAGCCUACUGGUUAUGUGACAAGCACUUUGGCACUACUAAAGAAACUCCGGACUAUAACCGUUCCACAAUGUUACCACCUCAGCUCAGAGAUCAAUUACCACCGGGAAUGUUCUCCAUUCACUGAUGCUCUCAGUCCGCUACAAUGCCUUGACAGUAAGUCAGGAUACACACGUAGUAUCUGGGACAUUUUACACGCAGCCAAGCUGGCCUUUCUAUUGCCGUAGUGGUCUGGUGCUGAGCAUCACUGAGAAAUAACUGAAAGACAGAAUGCUUAGAUCAUAGUGUGUGCGUGUAGAGUGUAUAUGAACAUGUUGAAGUGAGGUGAAUUUUAAUGGCAAACCUGUUGCUUGCUGUGACUUACAUUGGUGUAACUGUUAACUCUUUGUUUCUGUCAGAGUUGCCAGGGUAACCUAUUGUACAGCCCUUCUAUCUGUCUUUUAGUUAUUUCUGAUGAAGUACUUGAUCAAAUUUUAUUUUAGUUUUUACAUCCUUGAUUUGCACGAUCAAAGAAUAAUUUUAUUUUGUGUCCUUUUUUUUAUUUAUUAAUAAUUGUAUUUUGGUCAAAACUAAGUGGUGAUCAAACUCAUUUUCAUUGUCAAUAAAAAAUACUGUCAGUGAAUUUA